AUGGAGAGAAUGGAGUUUGGGAGUAGAUGGUUGAAAUGGAUGGAAUUGUUGAUUUUCAAUAGUAGGAUGUCGGUUCUUGUCAAUGGAAGUCCUACUAAAGAGUUUGAAGUGUUCCGUGGUUUGAGACAAGGCGAUCAUUUGUCUCCUUUUCUUUUUGUUCUUGCGGCGGAAGGUUUAACGGGAUUGGUGAGACAAUCCAUUGAUGGUGGUGGGUUUGAAAGAUUUGUGAUCAAGGGUUCUUGUUCGGUAGAAAUUUUUCAAUUUGCGGAUGAUACUCUUAUUGUGGGGGAAGGAUCUUGGAAGCAUGUUUGGGCUAUUAAAGCGAUUCUUAGCGCUUUUGAAUUGGUUUCGGACCUUGGUAUAAACUAUCAUAAGAGAAAAUUGAUCGGCAUUAAUAACAAUCCUUCUUUCAUGGAGGUGGUGGCGUAUUUCCUUUCUUGUAAAGUUGAAGAAAGAAAUUUCAUUUUCCUUGGAAUUCCUAUCGGGUCUAGUCCUAGGAAAGUAGCGACGUGGACUCCUCUCUUGCUUAAAAUGAAGAAAAGGUUAGGAGGAUGGAAGAAUAGGUACCUUAAUUUGGGUGGUAGAAUCACUCUUCUUAGAAUCACUCUUUCUAUAAGAUGCCUUCUAAGGUGGUAA